AUGGCGAAGAUUUGUACAGAGCAGUCCUACCCACCCCAGCACAGGCUUUCAGUCCGAGCUUCUGAUGAACUGGAACACACUGAAAAUGGCACAAGCAGGGCACACUCCAAUUGUGAGGACAACUCCUCUGACAUGCAGGGGAUUAGUUCUACAGGAACUAGCCAGUUUAAGGAAACCAGGAGUUCUUUCACAGUUGCUUGGGCUAUGGCAAGGCUCACCCACUUUCUGGUAAUGCUCCGGAUCUGGGCAUCUCAAAGGCUUCACAGAGAGGUUGAGCGUCCCGACUCCUCCUUGGAGCGAGUCCGUGGACCAGACCUCAAAGACUUAUCUAACCAAGACAGUAAUGCCCAUUCCUCUAUAGGCCUUCCUGACAGGACUCAUAAGAGGAUAAAAGUCAAUCACUGGCCUCUGACAGUUUACAACAUGAACAACUGCAACAACACAGAUGACAAAAAGGAGGACAAAAAAGAGGAAAUAAAGAAAGAUGAGAAAAAGAGGAAAAAGGACGAGAAGGAUGAGAAAAAAGACGGAGACAAGAAAGAGGAGAAAAAGGAUGAAAAGAAGGAUGAUAAAAAGGACGAUAAAAAAGACGAUAAAAAGAAAGAGGAGCCUCAGAAAGAAAUAUGGAUCAUGGACCCAGCCACAGACAAAUAUUAUAGAUGGCUCUCAAUCAUAGCAGCACCAGUUUUUUACAACCUGAUGAUGCUGGUGACAAGGGCCUGUUUCAAUGAACUUCAAAACACAUACACAACCCUUUGGAUGGUCUUGGACUUUACCUCAGAUGUAAUCUACUAUACAGACACAUUUGUCAGAUCAAGAACAGGUUUCUUGGAACAGGGCCUUCUUGUUAAAGAUGCCAAGAAGUUGAUGGAUCAUUACAAGAAAAUCCCCCAGUUCAAAUAUGAUAUGCUUUCCAUGAUUCCGACAGAUUUAUUGAUGCUCAAAGUGGGGUACAACAAUCCUGAACUUCGUUUCAACCGUCUCUUCAAAAUGGCACGUUUGUUUGAGUUCUUUGACCGCACGGAAACCAGAACUAACUAUCCGAACAUUUUCCGUAUCAGCAACCUCGUACUUUAUAUCCUGAUUAUUAUUCAUUGGAAUGCUUGCAUUUUCUUUGCCAUUUCCAAAACUAUUGGCUUUGGGACUGACACGUGGGUCUAUCCAAACAUCAGCCACCCUGAAUAUGGCCGCUUGGCCAGAAAAUACAUCUACUGUCUAUACUGGUCCACUCUCACUCUCACCACCAUUGGAGAAACUCCACCUCCAGUUAGAGACAUAGAAUAUUUGUUUGUCGUUGCAGACUUCCUUAUUGGUGUGUUGAUUUUUGCUACCAUCGUUGGUAAUGUCGGUGCCAUGAUCUCCAACAUGAAUGCUUCUCGUGCCGAAUUCCAGGCCAAGAUAGAUUCCAUCAAACAGUACAUGCAAUUCCGUAAGGUAAGCAAAGAUUUGGAGGCUAGGGUCAUCAAAUGGUUCGACUACCUGUGGACGGAGAAGAAAACGUGUGAUGAGAAGGAAGUCUUGAAGAACCUGCCAGACAAGCUCAAAGCUGAGAUUGCCAUCAACGUCCAUUUAGACACAUUGAAGAAGGUGCGAAUCUUCCAGGAUUGCGAAGCUGGACUGCUUAUUGAGUUGGUGUUGAAGCUGCAGCCUCAGGUGUUCAGUCCUGGAGAUUACAUAUGUAAGAAGGGUGACAUAGGCAGAGAAAUGUACAUCAUCAAAGAAGGAAAGCUUGCUGUGGUGGCUGAUGAUGGCAUCACUCAAUUUGUGGUGCUCAGUGAUGGUGCUUACUUUGGAGAAAUCAGUAUCCUCGGAAUCAAAGGCAGUAAGGCUGGAAACAGAAGAACGGCAAAUAUUCGUAGUGUGGGCUACUCUGACCUUUUUGCCCUGUCUAAAGACGACCUCAUGGAAGCACUUACAGAGUACCCUGAUGCCAAAAAAGCCCUGGAGGAGAAAGGAAAGUCCAUCCUAAGGAAGGACAACCUUCUUGAUGAGGCGGUGGCAGCCGCAGGUGCAGAUCCCAAAGAUCUGGAGGAGAAGAUUCACCGCCUGGAGGGCAACCUUGAUGUUAUGACAACCAAAUUUGCCAAACUCAUGGCAGAGUACACAUCAUACCAGAGCAAGAUUAAACAGAGGAUUGCCAACAUGGAGAACAAAGUGAAAACAAUACGAGUGGAGGAUCUGUCAGAAGUUGUCAAGGACAAAAAGGAGGAAGACAAGAAAUAA